AUGUGUCGUCUGAUAAUUAUUAUUGUAUCCAUUCAAUUAUUGAUAAUCAUCGUCAAUUGUUCAACUCUAUUUGAAGAUAUUCAAAAUGCAGCUAAAAAAGCCAAGAAUAUUUCCAAAGAAAAAAUACAAGAAAAAAUACAAGAAAAAUCCCGGUGUGCAAUUGGAUGGCAAUAUUUUGCUGCCUCAUGUUAUUGGAAAUUUCCCAUCCGUCGAACAUGGCUUGAAGCACGUCACGAAUGUGCCAGAUUUUCGUCGGAUUUAUUAGUUAUUGAUAGUGAUGGUGAAUUUGACUAUAUAGCAAGAAAUGUAUCCGAUGUACGAGAAGAUUUUUUUGUCGGUUUUCAUUACGUAAACGAUUCUUGGCAAUGGAUAAACAGUCGAGCGUUAUCCGAGUAUACCUAUUACAGUACCGAAGAACUAUGCGAAGGUCGUUUACCACCUGAGCCUCGCCAUCGUUCAUGUGGAAUAUUAGAUCGUGCACGACGUGGACGUUUAUGUAUGAAUGUAGACGAUUGUGAUCGAAAAUUAAGUUUUAUAUGUGAAAAAGUGGUUGAUCGAUGUUCGAUAGUACAUGAUAUAUGUGGAAAACACGGAAGAUGUGUGAAUACAGAUGAUGGUAAUCAUAAAUGUGAAUGUCAUUUUCUAUUUAGUGGAUUACGUUGUCACAAAGUUAGUCGGGAAGGUAGUCAGAUUAUUACGGCAACAAUAUUAGUCUGUGUCGCACUUCUUAUUCCAAUUGUAUUGCGUCGUACCUAUAAACUUUUUAAAACAAAAUUAAUUAGAACAAAACAAUGUCAUGAAUUAAAUAGUGCAAAUGAAUCGCCAAAGAGUACUGAUACACAGCAAACUGUCAUUCGAUCGUUUCCAUUCCAUAGACAUGCUGAUCGUCAAUCUAAAACAACCAGAGUACUAAUACAUGAUACAAAAGAUCUCAAUGAUUUCGACGAUAAAAACAGUAUUAUAUCUUCUAUCAAGGCAAUUUCAUUUCGUACAUUCUUUCAUUCAACUCCGUGUAUGCUCGCUUUAAGCACAAUUGUCAUAUCAUCCUUGAGUUUAGCCACAAUUCCAUUUAUACAAUCUCGUUUAAAUAAUUUCGAACUAGAUGAUAUUAAUUCUACUAAUACAUCAAUAGAAGAGAAAAUCAAAUCAUCUCAAACCUUUCGUAAUUUGAAUUCAACAGUUAAUCUAUUAAAAAAAUGUCGUUAUUUCGACAAUUAUAUGUGGCAAAAUUUGGUAUCUCUACCAUUAGCUAUUCUUGUUACAUUAAUUUGUUCAUUUUUACGUAAACGUGAAACACUAUGUGUUAAUUUUUGUAAUGGUAAACCAUCAUUACCUAUACCAUUCAAUUUAUUUGAUAAACGUCAACGACAUUUGAUAGCAGCCAUAUUUGGUAUAUCUACUAAUGAAGUAUUAAAAAUUUUAGAAGAAAUUAUUUUUAAACCUAAUACAAAAUUUCAUGAAGGAAUUAUUAUUGAAUUAUUAAAGCGAAUUGGUAUUGUUCUUCUCGUUGGAAUGAGAUAUUUUCCAUUAUUAAUUGCUGCCAAUAUUGUUCAUCCUCUUUCCUAUGGUUUGGCUUUCUUCUAUACUCUUGUUGAUGGUGGCUACACACUGGCAUACGAAAGUUAUUGUACAGGAUUUUCUAUUUUAAGAUACAGUCGAGCUCUAUUUCCAAUUAAACAUGAACAGUAUCACAUUAACAAUAUCGAUAUUCUUUAUUCAAUAUUUAAAAAUUUACCUCAUUUCACGUUGCUAUCAUUUGUUAUGAUUAAAUUUUUAUUUUUAUUUUUACAACAACUACAGAAAACAUGUUCACAUUUAUUUUACACAAAUGAGAAAUUAAAAGAGCAUCAAUUAUCAUUAGUAUCAUCCACAUUAUCAACAACAUUAUCGAAACCAGAUUAUCAAACAAAACCAGAAUUUAAUUAUACACAAGGUCUAUUAAAAACCAAAGAAUCAAAAAAUUUAUAUUAUAAUAAUAUCUUUACUCGUCCAUUCUCUUACAUAUAUCAAUGGCAUCGUUAUUUUACAUAUUCUAUUCAAGUAUUGAAUACCUAUACUGUUGUUAUGAUUUUAUUAUAUAAUUUAACUUGUUUAUUAACAUUUUACGGUAUAUAUAAUGCAAAAACACAAUUAAAUAAUUUACGUCUAUUAGUUUUACAACAUUUAAAUUUAAAUAUUGAAAUGGGUACAUCAUUUAUAAAUGAAAUAUUAUUUUGUUCCGUUUUAGCUGUAUUAAUCUAUUGUGUUCAAGUAUUUAAUGGUAUGAAAAAAAUUCAACAACAUUUAUUAUCUGCUUAUAAAGGUGUCUAUAAUGAAAUACCACCAAGACAUAAUUUUAAUAAUAAUGAAUUAAUGUGUAAAUGUUUACAUUUUUCUGGUUAUCUAUGUGGUUAUACAGCAUGGGGUUUUAUUAUAUUUUAUAAAAUAGCAUUUUUUUGUUGUCUUAUUCUACGUUUAUGGAUAACAUAUGAUAUUCAAUGGUUUCAACGUUUUCUAUCAUUUUUCUUACCAGUUAUAUUAAUAUUUUUAUUAAAACGAAUAUUGGUAUCAAUAUUAUCUGAAUUUGUUUUUUUACAAAAUUUUGGUAAAAAUAAUUCAUUAAAUAAUCGACGAAUCUUUUUUUUAUUUAAUUAUUUUAAUUUUUUCUUUGACUGUUUUUUGGGUGUAUUAUCGUGUAUUAUUAGACUAGCUAAAGCAGUUUUAGCAUCAGUAUUAUUUAUGGGUAGAUUAGAUUAUUCAUUUAUGGGACGAAAUUUAGAACGAUUAGAUCAGGGCUAUGCAACAUAUGUAACAUUUAUACAUAUGGAAAUUUUACAUGGACAUCCCAUUCUAGUAACAUUUUGUGAUCUAAUAUGGUAUGAUAUCCAACGAAAACGUCGUAUACUUGAGAAUCAAAAAAAAAAAUUAUCUUUAAAUGAACUCAUUUACGAAAAUAUUCUUCAAACAAAAUCGAAAAUGUAUAUAUUUAAAUGGCAUUUAUUUUAUACAUUAAUUCGAAAUAAUUAUUUAAGAUAUUUAAGAAAAAAUUCAUUAAAUAAUUCAACAAUGACCAGUGAUAAUAGUUUAAUUAUAUCAACCACUACGAAUGAUGUUCAUGAAGCAAUAGUCACUUAUGAUCAUCCACCUCCACUACCGCCAAGCUCUGUUAAAAAAUCAAAUUAUCGAUAUAAUUUUGAUUAUGAAACAAAUGAUAUAAGAAUUAUUUAUCAACAUCUGAAAUGUUUAACCAGUAAUGUUAGUCAAUUAAAACAAAAACAAAACACAACUGAGCAAAGUAAACAAGAAAAACCAGAACCACCACAACGUCGAAGACACAACGCUCAAGAAUCACAGUAUUUAUCACCUAGAAAACAUUUAUUGUGGCCAUCACAAUCAUUACAGCAAAAUAAAACUUUUCAAUAUAUAAAUUAUUUUGUUGAAAGUCGUUGCACAAUUGUACUGUUUUGUAGAUUUUUCCUUCCGGAAAAAAAUAUGGCAAACAGUUCGCGUAUAUUUUUACCGUUGGUACUAUGGUCGGAAACAUCUCCAGCAAUAUCAAUAACGGCAAUGUAUGUCAGUCCGACAGGUGAAGAUUUGAUCACUGGAACAUACGAUGGUACAAUUAUUUGUUGGAAAAUAUUUUUCAAUGAUAAGCAACUGAUUCCACGAUUAAUGUUAAUCGGACAUACGAGUCAGGUUAGUUUUCUUGUUGCUCCCGUCACAAAUUCAACACAAAAACUUGAACAGUUCAUCAGCGUAUCAGAUAUCGGUGAGAUAAAAUUGUGGAAUGAAAGUGAUGGUAGUUGUUUAGAACAUGUCAAAACAAAUUUGAAGCAUCGUGCUGUUAAAUCAUUCACAUAUCAAUUAACAAAUCAAAAUUUUCUCGUUUGUUCCGGAUGUUAUUCGGAAAUUUUGAUCUAUGAUAUAAAAACACUUGAAAUCAAAUAUACAUUAAUACCAUCCCAUUCAGAUGCCGAUUGGAUAUCAACAUUCUUCGUAUUUCAAAAACCAAAUGCACCAGAUGUAAUCAUCGUUAUUGGUCUUCUUGAUACGGGUUGUGUAAAGUUAUGGGCGUUUGAUCCACGAUCACUGUCAUCUGCAACAUCUGAGACGAGCAAAGACAAUCAGUCAAUUGAAUUAAAGGAACACGAAAGUAAAGAAAUUCGAUGUGAAUUUGGAUCAGUUAUUGUGCCGUGUUCUGAAUGUCAACGAAUGAUGUUAAUUAUCUAUUCUGAAGGAUGGCAGAUAUUUGAUGGUAUUGAUUUUACGGAAUUAUGUUCGUAUAGCAAUAAUCAAAAAACGAGCAAAAUCAAGAAUGAUCAUUGGGUAAAUGGUUAUUUUCCAACGCAUGACAUUGUUAUUCUGUUUACGUCUAACGGAUAUGCUCACGUAUUUCGACUACCGGAAAAUGCUACGUUUAUGAAUCCAAAAUUUCGUACACAACAUAAUAAAAAUGAUAUGCAAACACCUCAAUGGUUGUACUGUUUAUCAGUUGGAACGGAGUCGAAAUUAGAUUGUACUCCGCCAUAUUGUUGUGGAUCUAAAUCCAAACAGUGUGUAGUUUAUCGUGGUGAUUCGAAAGGUACCAUAUCGAUAUGGAAUAUGAACUUUAAACAGACUGAUAUGGAAAAAAGAACUGACAUGCAUCCAUCAUGGACAGUAUCAUACCAAGAUAUUUGGAAAAACUCGUUUGAAAAUAUAUUUACAUUGAGAAAAUUAUUAAAUUCUAUAACACCGUUACGAAACAUAAAGAAGUUUACAGCCACUUGUCAUUUAAUUACAUUAGACAAAAUCGCAUUAGGAACAGAUACUGGACAAAUUGUUCUGAUAUCAGCCUUGAAACUAGUUUCAGCACUGUUAAUACAGGAGUUUGAUAAAGAAAAUUUUGAAUAUCAAAUAUUGAAUGGUCAUAGCCAAAUUGUUACGUGUUUAAUUCAUCCUCACAGUGAAUACAGUCGAUAUGAUAUUCAACAUUUGGUCAGCGGUAGUACUGAUCAUUCAAUCCGUUUAUGGGAUCUCGCAACGGGACAAAAUAUUCAUACAUUUAUGGUCCAUUGUGGUUCAAUUAUCAUGUUUCACAUACCACCACCAAUGUUCAAUGUUAAAGUGCAGUAUUGUAUAUGUUCAAUAGCUAGUGAUCAUUCUGUAGCAUUAGUUAGUUUAAAAGAACGUAAAACUGUAUUAUUAGCUAAUAAACAACUAUAUCCUAUUACUGCGUUGAGAUGGAGAAUUAGUGAUGAUUUUCUAUUGAUUAAAUGUGCAGAUGGAAGUUUAUAUGUAUGGCAAAUUGAAACAGGUAACUUGGAUCGUGUUGCUCACGGCAUAUUAAGUGAAGAACUAUUUCAAUGGUAUAAUGAUCCACAAAGUGUAAACAGCGGUGCUAAUCGAACAUUAUCAAUUGAUAUUAAUGAAUCACACUAUAUACAAUUAGCAAGAUCAUCACAUUCAACUGAUUUAAUGGUGUCAUCUCGUCAAAAUGAAUAUCGUCUACCAUUUAUAUUUCAACAGUUUAAUACGGAUAUUGGUGAUGACGUAUCUAAUUUAAUUACGUUUGAUCUUUUCCAGUUUGUUAGACAACUUGAUGCAGUAAAUAAAGACACAUACAACAGCACACGUUCUCAGACAAUGUCAAACGCUUUAUCUCGUUUAUCAAAUUUAUUAGUAUCACUUUUGCAUCCUUGGACAUUUGACUCUAAAACUGAUCAAUUAUGUAAAGAUCGUUUAAAUUUACAACAACCUUACCGUUAUAUCAGCUAUGGUGUUUUGAGUAAAAAUGAGCAUAUGGCGAUUAUUUUACCGACAUGGCAACGCUAUCUCAGUGAAAUAAAAAAGCCUACAGCAAACCUCUUGAUAUCAUUCGUCGGUAUGGAAACUGAACAAAAAGAUGAAGUACAGUCAGGAGAUCAAGAUGAAAAGGCAUUGUUUUCUCAACGUGAAGCUUGGAGUAAAUUAUUACAUUUUUACUGUUCGGAUAUGGUUAAGCAGUUUCAGACAAAAUAUUAUAAUUCAUUGAGCCUUGAAAUACUCUGUUCUCAUUGGCAAGAUCUAUGUUUAGAACUUCGUGAUGCAUCUCGAAAACUAUUAGAAGAAGAAUUGGACUAUUUACAUUCAAAUACGGAUGAAUGGCAAUCAUUCAUAUCGAAAUGGUCAACUUUAUUCAAUCAUUCGUACAAUAAAGAUAAUGGUGCCUUAUACGAUGCCUACAUCAAAGAUAUUUUUAUCGAUGAUUAUAGCCGUAAUGAAGAAAAAUCACGUCAGCUACCAGCGAUUAUACUAAUGGGCAUUAUCGGAUCCAAAUACGGCCAAGGAGUGGAAGCAAAACAACCAGUAACCCCAACAACUCCACCAACAGUACUAUCCACCAUUGUGAAUAAAGGCUUUGCGUUGGAUAAUCCAGAAACAAGAACAAUAAGUCGUCUACUGACAAGUUUAUUAUCCUCAUAUAAUUUUGAUCAUAUUCCUGCUCAUUCAACAUUACGGCGUACAGCUAUUGAUUUGAUUGGCCGUGGAUACACCGUAUGGGAGCCUCAUUUAGACGUUGCUCUUGUACUUUUAACAUUGCUGGAAUUAUGUGCAGCUACCGAUUCUACAACAGCACAGAAUGUAUUAAGUGGUGUAUUGACUGCUAAAACCGAUACGUGUUUAACAGCUCGAUCUGCAUUAAAUUUAAUUGCAACAGCUCGUUCAAACGUCGUUAUAAUAACGUUAUCUCGCGAAUUAGCUAAAAAUGUCAUGACCCAGCAAGUACAACCGCCACCACUAUCAAUCUCAACAUCAUCAUCUUCGACACUGACAAAUCUAACAAAUCCAAAUAUGACAAAUCCACCAAUAAUAAAACCAGAACAAAAAACUGAAAUACUACGUUUAAUGAAAAUAUUGAUUGAAAAAACGCCACACGAUGUUGCAGAGUUGAUUUUAGAAGUAACAGAUAUAACAUUGAAUUGUAUCGAUUUAAGUACAUUACGACACAAAGGUCCCAGUGCUGUUUCAGACACAUUUAGUCUACUGCUAAGGUACCCAAUGGUUACGUAUAUGCAAGAUCCACCGAAAUUAUGUGUGGGUACAAAGAGCGGUAUUUUAGCAAUAUACGAUUUAAAAACGCCAAAAUACCAAAUACAAUUUUCUCCUGAUGGAAAACAUUUGGCAUCGUAUUCUGCAUACGAAGGAAUAUUGUAUUUUUGGCAGACAACAGCUACAACGUUUUUUGGUUCGUCGACAACAAUUCGUUUGGUAUCAAGGCAUGGUGCCAAUCGAUUGGAAAAAAAUUUGCCAGGUCCAAUGAAAAAAGUUGAUCUCGAUUGGUUAGAUAAUCAUACGGUUAGAAUUUCCGAUCACAAUGUAGCGUCGGAUGUUAAAACAACUUAUCCUGUCCCGCUUAUUCUCGAUGGUUUGACUAUACAAUCGUGGAAUGAUUAUCAUUUAUGGAAUAAAACACAAAUAUCAAUUGUAAAUAAUUUGAAUAAACUUUGUAAACAAGAUCGACAGUGUGAUGCUGAAUAUGGAAUUGGAAAUAUUCAUUUAACUAAUGGAUAUCCAAGAAAUCAAAAUGAAAAGUCAAUUGUUUUAUCCAUUAGUGCCGAUGAACCUAUCAUUGCAAAUAAGUCUUAUAACUAUACAUCCUUGUUAACAGGAGCAAUAUUUCAAACUAAGAUUGAUAUUGAGAAAAACUUUAACGAAUGGAUGUACAUCUCUUCAAAACACACUAAGUUACAAACUUCGUCAAAUCGUACCAUAAAAUUGGUGUAUAUUUUCAUUGCAAUUAUUACAUGUGGUGCAUUAAUUGGUCUGAUAAUCUAUUUCUUCCAAAAACUUCGUAAACGUCAAUAUGCAAAAUUACUACAAUGUUAUACGAACGGUUAUAAGCAAUCAUCAUCAUUACCAUCAUCGAGUAACAAACAUGAUGAAGCAACAGCACUAAACAAAAAAUUAAUUUGUACACAAGACAUAAUUUCUAAAUAA